GAUAAAUCAUCUCCACACAGAAUAUCACAGCUCACAUCUCAGCUUCAUCCUUUCCAAAUAGUCUAAGCUCUGUUUAGACGCGUCACACAGUAUCGUGCAGCCAUGGCCGCGACUUUCGAGAAAUUGAUGCUCUUACUGCUGUUGAGCCUCCUCUUUGCAUCAAUUUCAAGCUUCGCGAAGGUUCCUCCAACAUGCAACCGUAUUGAGUGUCCUUCCUACGAUGUGAUUCAUGUCGGGAAGGGCUUCGAAAUUCGUCGCUAUAAUUCCACCGCGUGGACCUCCACCUCCCCCAUUCCAGAUAUUUCUCUUGUUAACGCCACCAGAACUGGAUUCCGAAGGUUAUUUGAUUAUAUUCAAGGCAAGAACGACUACAAGCAAAAAAUUGAGAUGACAGCACCUGUGAUCACUGAAGUAUCACCUAGUGAUGGACCAUUGUGCAAGUCCUCAUUCGUGGUAAGCUUCUUUGUGCCAAAGAAGAACCAAGCAAAGCCUCCUCGCAAGGAUCUUCAUGUCCAAAGAUGGAAGCCUGUGUAUGCAGCAGUAAGGCAGUUCAGUGGGUUUGUGAAAGAUUCAAGUAUUGGGGAGGAAGCAGCUUUGAAGGCCAGUAUUGCUAAGUGGGCUUCUGCCAUUGAAAAGAGUCACAGAGCUGGGCAUGCUUCUGUUUAUAUUGUUGCUCAGUAUAAUGACCCUCUUGAGUUUGAUAAUAGGGUGAAUGAGAUUUGGUUCUUGUUUGAUUUAAAGGAUGCUAGCCAUGUUAUCUGAAGUUAAUGAGAGCGGGCGAAGGCAAAGAUCAAUUUUUCUGUCUCUAGGUGACA